AUGUGGUACAUCACCCUCAACGUAUUACUUUUCAUCUCAGCCGCCCUAUAUCUUCGAAUCCGAAAGGACAUUGGCACAUUUUCGAAUUUGAGAUCGGUUGUCGAUAAUCAACCACAAAAAUACAUUUUUUAUCAGACCUUCACAAUUGUGUUCGUCAAAACGGUAACGGUUUUUUAGGUAAGGCCGGACAUUUCUUUUCAUUUUCAGUGUUCUUUUCUCUUCAUUACUGCUGCUGCUUAUCUCGGGAAUAGUUGGUAUAGUAUAAUUUCGUUCAUUGAACAGGUGUGUGUGUCAACAGAUUUCGUUCCAAUUUUUUCAAUUUUAGGCGGCAGCGUUGUGCGCGCUGAUGGACAUUUUCUCGACGCCCGUCAUCGUCCAAAUAUCGUACUUGAGCUGCAAUAAACGAAACGUGGACGCGAUCUUUCGGAUUCUGAAUGAAUCAGUGUGCAAGCGGAUGUGCAAUCCUGAACGUAACACUUCACAAGUGCAGCCGUCUGUGAAUGCACUUUCCGAUUCGAACUUUCUUUCCGUUUAG